AUGGCGCUCAGGCUCACCCUCCUGCUGCUGCUGGGGCUGUGUGGGAACUCCAUUUCUGGAGGGCAGCAGUCGCCCACAGACCCUCCUGGGGUGUUGCAUUACGAAUGGCCUGAAGUGAAUUAUGAGACCCCAGACUCCUAUAAGGCUGGACCCAUUGGCAUCCUCUUCCAUAUGGUGCAGAACUUUCUCUACGUGGUGCAGCCUAAUCCUUUCCCUGAAGAGCAUCUCAGAAAAGUCAUAAAGAAGAUAUCUGAGCCCUCAAUUAAUUAUCAGAAGCCAGAAAAUAUACUCUUGAUUCUACAGAUCUUGAACUAUGAGAUCGGCAUCAUCGUGUGCAUCAUCCUGGGGCUGCUGUUCGUCGCUCUCAUGCCUCUGGCAGGAUUCUUCUUCUGCCUGUGCCGCUGCUGUAACAAAUGUGGUGGGAAAAUGCACCAGCGACAGAAGGAGAACGGGCCUUUCCUGAGGAAAGCCUUCGCCAUCUCCCUUCUGAUGAUCUGUACACUCAUAAGCAUCGGCAUUGUCUUCGCUUUUGUGGCCAACCACGAGGUGAGGACGCGGCUCAAAAGGACUCGGAAACUGGCGGACAGCAAUUUCAGAGACCUGCGAACUCUCAUGAAUGAAACCCCAGAGCAAAUCCGGUAUAUCCUGGGCCAGUACAACACCACCAAGGACAGGGCCAUCGCCGAUCUGAACAGUAUUAGUUCUUUGCUUGGAGGUGGAAUUCGUGAGCGACUAAGACCCGUGAUGAUCCCCGUUCUGGAUGAGAUUAAGUCCAUGGUCACAGCCAUCCAAGAGACCAAAAGGGCCCUGGAGAACAUGAACAGCAGCUUGCAGAGCCUGCGUGACAGGAGUGAGCAGCUUAGCAGCAACCUGACAGAUGUGAAAGAGAGUGUGGAGAGGGCGCUCGGCGACCCCGUGUGCUCUGUGCGACCAUCGAGCAACACCUGCGAUGACAUCAGGACGUCGCUGACCCGGCUAGAGACCAACCUCGACCUGGGGCAGCUUCCAUCUGUGAACAGAGAACUUGACAACGUUAACAAUGUUCUUGGAACCGAUUUGGAUGGCCUGGUCCAAAAGGGCUAUACAUCCUUUAAUGAUAUACCACGGGUGAUACAAGACCAGACCACGAAUGUUGUUGCAGAUGUCAAAAAUACCUUAAAUGCCAUCGGUCCCAAUGUUAACAAGGUAACUGAACAGCUUCCUAUUCAGGAUGCUUUGACCAAGUUCAUGGUUUAUAUCAACGACACUGAGAGUUAUCUCCACCGCAGUUUACACAAGUGGGAAGAGUACGACUCGUACUGGUGGCUGGGCGGCUUGGUCCUCUGCUCCUUGCUCACCCUCAUCGUGAUUUUCUACUACCUGGGCCUGCUGUGUGGCGUGUGUGGCUUCGACAGGCACGCCACCCCCACCAGCCGGGGCUGCGUCUCGCACACCGGAGGCGUCUUCCUCAUGGUUGGGGUUGGAUUAAGUUUCCUCUUUUGCUGGAUAUUCAUGAUCAUCGUGACUCUUACUUUUGUCAUUGGUGCAAAUAUGGAAAAAUUGAUCUGUGAACCUUACAAAAACGGGAAGUUAUUCCGGGUUUUGGACACACCCUACUUACUAGACGAGAACUGGGAAAACUAUCUCUCUGGUGUGAUAUUUAAUAAAUCAGAUAUUAAGAUCACUUUUGCACAAGUUUACAGUGACUGCAAGAAAAGCAGAGGUACUUACGCCACUCUGCACCUGGAGAAUCUCUUCAACCUCAGCAAACAUCUCAGCAUUAACGAGCAUACCGACAGUUUAAACGAUGAAUUUGAAAAUCUUAAUUUCCAAGUGGAUAUCGUCCUGCUGGACCAGGAUGGAAAAGCCAACCUUAAAGAUUUUGCUGGCUCUGGAAUAGACUCAGUGGACUAUGCCUCCUACUUGUCUCAGACUGGUAAAUCCCCUGCAAAAGUGAAUCUUUUAUCAUUUGCACGUGAUCUAGAAACAAAAGCAAACCAUCUGCCACCAGGAACUUUGAGGCAGUCCUUGAAAAGAGAUGCAGAAACUCUUAAAGUGAUUCAUCGCCAACAGGUUGUUCCAAUGGAGAAGUCUCAGGGCACUUUAAACCAAAGCAUCAAGGUCCUUCAACACAUAAGCGCUGGAUUAAGGGAGAAAAUAACCAGGAUUCUUGCCUCUUUGGAGUCUGCUCAGAACUUCAUCACCAACAACAUUUCCUCUGUUAUUAUUGAUGUCCGUGAGAAAAUGGCCUCCUGCAAGCCUGUGGCCACUGUGCUGGAUUCCGUUGUUAAUGUCUUUCUGUGUGGCUUUGUUGUCAAUCCUACGAAUUUGUUUUGGUUUGGCAUAGGAAAAGCUACUGUGUUUUUACUUCCGGCUCUAAUUUUUGCUGUAAAACUGGCCAAGUAUUAUCGUCGAAUGGAUUCAGAGGACGUGUAUGAUAGUUGUGUUGAAACAAUACCCAUGAAAAAUAUGGAAAAUGGUAAUAAUGGUUAUCAUAAAGACCGUUUACAUGGUAUUCACAACCCCGUUAUGACAAGCCCAUAACAUCAUUGACAGCUGAUGUUGAAAUUGUGUAAGCAUCAAGAUACUCAAAGUGGAAAAGACCACAGACUUUUGACAGUUUCUGGGCCUGCCAGGACUUUCCGAAGCCAGGAAGAAGGCCGGCGGCAACGUAGUGACUCAGGCGGGCACCAAGGAAAUGGCGCCAUUGGCCUCUGGGUAGUGCUUUGUUAGCGAUGUACAGAAUCACAUUAUAGUGCGUGUGUCCAUCACUCUUCAAGGAUGAUUCCCCCUCCCUCGUUUAUUUUUAUAUUUCCCUUUUUUACACUGGGUUUUUAUUGAGACACUACAACCUAUGGGGUGUUGGUUCCCAUGGGAUGCAUUUCCGUAUCCACCAGCUAGUCCAGUGUCACGGCUCAGCUUCUCACAUAUCGUCCUGUGUGGCACGUGCUAACACAGACCAGCUCACAGGAAAGAUGCAUUCUGUGUAUAGUAAAUAUUGUACAUACCUUUUGUUACCACAAUUGCAAUUUUUUAAACCAAUGAAUACUAUAGGAUUUUCUCCUAAAUGUACUUAACGAUUGGGUCAGUGUUGACUUACUGGUGCUG